CUAUUUUCCACUGUCCGCUGGUUUCUUCCUCUCACGCCUUUCACCUGCCUGACUCUGAGUCGAUCAAUCCACAUGCAGUCCAAGGACGAUUCCCUGCCGUCGGAUCUCCUCCUGCCGUCAUCGCUAACAUUCAAGCGUGUGCAGCUGGAGGAGAAGUAUCCGCGCGGGUCGCAGGUGCGCGGCGGGCGGCACUGGAAGCACCUGAAGCAGAUUCUGCAGCCGCACAACCUGCACGACCUACCUCCUGAUGAAGCCAACUACGUGACGAUCGAGGCCCCUCCCUCCAUGUACCCCGCUAAGAAGUUCUGCGAUAUAACGGGGCUGGAGGCGCCGUACACGGACCCGCACACCAAGCUGCGCUACGCCAACCCGUCCGUCUUCGCCAUCGCGCGCUCGCUCCCGCACCCGCACGCACAGGCGUUCCUCGCGCUCAGAGGCGCGCAGACCAUCGUCAAGUGACUGCCUCGCCUUAGAUUUCUGCAUUCUGGCAGUUCCACAGCCUGCCGUCAGCUUCCGCCGUUAGUCUGAGUCAUUCACCGUCACGCACACCGUCAGCCGCCGUCACUCAAACAGCUGGCAGCUACAGUCUCGAUCCUCCCUUCCCAUGGCGCUGUCGUUGCAGCACCACCGUCCCUUGACGUCGCCGCUAGAGACACCACCGCCGAUACAAGCACUGUCACACUUUGCACGGCGCUUCUCUCUGUCCUCGACACUGUACGGAACAGAAGUCCAGCACUCUCUAUCACCAAGCAGGUUCAGCCCAGCACGCCACUCGCCCCGCAGUCCUUCCGUAGAGCAGGCCUCCCGCGGGUGUGCGUUGCUUGGCGCUCCUCUGCUCCUAGACAGGCAGACUCGUGGGCCCAAUCCUCGCCGACAGCUGUGCCACACCCCACGGCCUUACUGCCGCUCCACUGCUGCGCGCCGCCUUGCAAGGAGCAGCUUGGUUGCUCGGGCUGCUGCUGCCGCAAGUAGAGAAGGGGAGGGCGCAGGUGGUGUGAUUCUAGAGAAUGUGACAGAUUCGGGUGUGGAAGGGGAGGAGGUUGGGGGAAGAAGGAUGGGGAUGGGUUCUGACAAGGGCAGGGUUGGGAGUGGAGGGGGGUUGGGGAUGGGGUCUGACCUUGCCAGGACGGGGAGAGAAGGGAAGGAGGGUGAGGGGAGAAGGGUGGGGAUGGAGGUUGACGAUGCGCGGAUUGUAUGGGAGCUGGAGCAAGAGACCAAAGAGCUGCUGGAGUGGCCAAUCGUGUGCCGCCAGGUGGCACGGUUCGCAGACACUGUAAUGGGGUACAGGAUAGCAGAGGAGGGGGGGUUGGUGGUGGGGCGGACGUGGGAGGAGAGCCAGCGGCUGCUGCAGCAGACGGGAGCGGCGCUGCUGCUGCCGCGCCGGCUGGACUUCAAUGGCGCGGUGGACGUGGGGGGUAUACUGGCUCGCCUUGAACGGGCUGCUACUGCUGGUGCUGGUGCUGGUGCCGGUGCUGAUAGCGCUGUUGUUGCUGCAGGUGGCGGUGAUGGGGGUUCAGAGGCAGCGAGUGACAGCGAUUCUGAUGCGGAUGCCAGUGAUGGCGAUGGUGAAUCCGCUAAUGCAGGUGGGAGCAGUGCCAGUGCUGCAACUGCAGGCACCCCACUGCUGACCAUCACCCCCUCGGAGCUCCUGUCUCUGGCGUCUCUCCUGCAGUCAGGCGCGGAUCUAGGUGCGUGCAUCGGCCUGUCUCCUGACAAAACUGGUACUCUCUACCCCUCCUCCUCCCACCCAGAGCAAGGCACGGUUCCAACAUCCAAUACCCUCCCCCGCACCUCCCCAUCCCCCUCAUCCCCCCCUUCCUCCCCCUCAUCCUCCUCGUCCUCAGUUCCCUCCCCCUCCCCCUCUCCCCUCGCCCCUCUCACCUCCCUCCUUUCCUCUGCCUCCACGUGUCCCUCUCUCCUCCUCCGCAUCCGCACCGCCAUCAACCCGCGCCUCAAGUCCCUUGCUGACUCAGCAAGCGCUGAGCUGGCAGCCAUCCGCGCCGCCAGGCGGGACAACCGGCGCCAGCUGGACGAAUCACUGCAGAGAGCAGCACGGCGUGUGGUGGCAGGGGGAGGGAUGGAUGAGGCUCAGGUGAGUAGGAGGAGAGGGAGAGGGUGCGUGGCGGUGAGAGCUGGGAAGAAAAGUAGCGUGUUACCAGGGGGUGUUACAUUAGACGUUAGUAACACCGGAGCUACACUGUUUGUUGAGCCUGCAGAGGUUAUCGAGUUGAACAAUAGAGAGGCGGAACUGAGUGGGGAGGAGGCGGAGGAGGAGAGGAGGGUGCUGAGGGAAAUGGCGCAGCAGGUGGCGGAUUGUGCGCCGUUGAUUCGAGAUCUGACCGACAGGAUUGUUGCGCUGGACCUGGCAUGUGCCCGUGCCAGGCAUGCCCUAUGGAUGGGCGCUUCCCCCCCUGUCCUCCUGCCGCCCACACACCCUCUCCCCGUUGAGGAUAUCCUUUUAGGGAUAAAUACCCUCAGGGGCAACAGUACAGGGGUAAUUACCCUUGGGAAUAUCAUUCCAGGGGGUGCUGCUGAUGGGGAAUCGGCUCCAGGGAGAGGAGCUUAUAGAGGAGCGCACACUGUUGAGAUCCGGGGUAUCCAGCACCCAGUGCUGCUGGAGAUGCACCUGGAUGCCCUGGCAGCGACAGAGAGCAGGAAGAGUGGGUCUGUAGGUACAGCAGGCGUUAAGGCAGCAGCAGGAGCAGCAGGAGCAGCAGGAGCAGCAGGAGCAAGAGGCGAGGAUGCAGCAGCACUGGCAGCCCCGCCUGUGCCCAUAGACCUGCUCGUCCCAGCUGGCAUCCGCGUGGUGGUCAUCUCAGGCCCCAAUGCGGGCGGCAAGACUGCCGCCCUCAAGACUCUUGGGAUUGCCACGCUCAUGGCUAAAGCCGGGCUCUUUCUGCCCCUGACAGGGGAGCAGGGCGGGGAGGGAGGAAUGGAUGGGAUGCAGGGAAGAGGAGCAGAGGGGGGGAGGGAGGAGGGGGCAGAGGAAGAACGGGCACACCAGAGAGGAGGGAGCAGGGGGAAGGGAUCAAUGGGUGCGAGCGGAGAGAGCGGUGCGAAUGGGUGUGUGGCGGUGCUACCGUGGUUUGAUCGGGUGGUGGCUGACAUCGGGGACGAGCAGUCGCUGGAGCAGAGCUUGUCUACCUUCAGCGCCCACAUGCGCCGCGUCUCCCACAUCCUCCUCGCUGCUUCCCCGCCCUCCUCCGCUUCUGACACUUUCCCCUCUUCUUCCUCUUCAUCCCCCCCCCCCUCUUUAUUGUCUUCCUCCUCCUCCUCCUCCUCCUCCUCCUCCUCCUCCUCCUCCUCCUCCUCCUCCUCCUCCUCCUCCUCCUCCUCCUCCUCCUCCUCCUCCUCCUCCUCCUCCUCCUCCUCCUCCUCCUCCUCCUCCUCCUCCUCCUCCUCCUCCUCCUCCUCCUCCUCUUCCUCCUCAGAGUCUUCCACCUCUUCUGCCUCCUCUUCCUCAUCUUCCUCUCUCGUGCUCCUAGACGAGGUGGGCAGUGGCACGGACCCCUCUGAGGGUGCUGCGCUCGCUGCUGCCCUCUUGAAGCACCUGGCAGGCUGUGAAGGGCUCACACUCACCACCACGCACUACGCCGACCUUAAGAAGCUCAAGUCCGCUGAUCCACGGUUUGAGAACGCCAGUGUGGCGUUCGACCGAGUCUCCCUGCGCCCAUCCUUCAACAUCCUCUGGGGUCGCCCCGGCACCUCCCAUGCCCUCUCCCUCGCUGCCUCCCGCGGCCUGCCCCCCUCCCUCGUCGCCAGAGCCGCCAGGCUGGCUCGUGAGGCAAGUAUGGAGGAGGAGCGGGAGGAAAGAGGGGAGGGAGGGGAGGGAGGGGAGAGAGAGCAAGGGGGAGAGAGUGAGGAGGAGGAGUAUGCUGCCAUGGGAGGGGGGAGGGGAGCGGGUGAGGAGGUGGGAAUACUGGCGUCCCUGCGGCAGCAAUGGCAGCAGAAUGUGGAGGCUGCAAGAGAGGCAGCAGAGGCCAGGCAAGCCGCAGAGAGGCUUCUCAACGAUCUCCGAGCCCACCAUACCACCAAGGACCAGAAAGACAGGCAGAAAGACCAGUCUUUGGCGUUUCGAGAAUUGCAGUGGAAGCGGCGGCACCAGAGAGAUAUACAGGAGGAGGUGUUAGCAGUGAGAGAGGAGAUCUCUCGAGUUGUUGCCGCUUUCCAGGAGGUUUCCCUUGCUGGUGUGCCGGAGCGAACAGCGACGGACCGGGCCUGUGCUGACGUGGCACAAGCGGCAGCUCUGAGCGCGCUCUUUCCCGAACCUGAUUCUGCCGCAGGCUCGGGUGCUCUGGCUGGUGGUUCAGCAGGAGGUUCGGCAGAUCUAGGAGGGGCCGAUUGGGUCCCUGCUCUGGGGGAGGCUGUGUAUGUGAGGAGGUUCGGCAGCAGUAUGCGUGGCACGGUGGUGGCAAUGGGUGGUGGUCCGGGAGAAGGCUCGGGAGAAGGUGGUUCAGGUUUGGCGACAGCGGCUCGGUUAGUGACUGUCCAGCUAGGGAAUCUGAGACUGCAGGUGCAGAGAGGAGACCUGCUUCCUGCGGAUGCUGAUAAUAAUGAUGGUGGUGAUGGUGGGUCACAGACCAGGGCGGAUGGAGAGCCAGCAGGGAGGAGAGGGGUCCCAGGAGGAAUGUUUGGUGCCUGUUGGGAGCAAGAUGAUGGCAACAUCGAUGGUAUCAGUAACACGAAUGGUAACAGCGCCUCGAAGCGAGGGGGUCGAUUCCCAUCCCCAUCUUCCUUCUCCUCCUCUUCCUCGUCUUCUUCUCUGCCAGCAGUGAGGGAAGCAGCGGUGCAGACAGCACGCAACACAGUGGACGUGAGAGGCCGGAGUGUGGAGGAUGCGCUAGCGGAGGUGGACUUGGCAGUGCAGUCGAGGCCGCCCGGUGCCGUGCUGUUCAUUGUGCACGGGCUCGGGACCGGCGUGCUCCGGGCAGCUGUCCUGAAAUAUCUCUCGGGCAGCCCGCUGGUUUCGCGGCACGAGCCGGAGAGUAGGCUGAAUAUCGGGUGUACUAUCGCCUAUAUCGGCUGAUAGGGUUACAUUGUCAAAGCUUUUGUACAAUGCUGGGGGUGAUAGCAAGAGUAUCUGUGCAAUUAACUACUGUAUGGAGCUCUUGGUCUGGAGCUAUGGACAUGGAGAGGCAGAGAUGCCAGCACAAA